AUGGGCGACGGAUCUGACUAUCCUAGUCCUCGAAGCGAAGCUCCACACGCAGCUGCUGCCUCGGUGCUUGCCUCUACGGCGGAAUCCCUUACAAUUGCCAGAAUGAAUGAUCAAGCUCCUCUUCAACCCUACAACAUGGAGGGCACGCGCCCACGCCUGUCUGUCCGACGCGCCCGGGAUCCUCCCAAGAACCCCGAGGGUCAGAUUUACUGUGAUCACCCAGAUUGUCAAGCUCAACCCCCUACUUUCCGUCGUCCUUGCGAAUGGAACAAACACAUGGAUAAACAUGACCGUCCUUACAAAUGCUAUGAGCCAGGCUGCGACAAGGUCCAGGGAUUCACCUACUCAGGUGGUCUGCUUCGCCACCAACGCGAAGUACACAAGAAGAAUACCGACGCUAAGAAGCCGCUCAUGUGCCCUUAUGCCGAUUGCAACCGCAGCACUGGAAACGGGUUUACGCGUCAGGAGAAUCUUCGAGAGCAUUUGCGCCGUCGCCACAUGCACACCGAUGACAAUGGUACGGGUCUGAUGGUCGAGAUGCCUUGGGAUCGCGCCAAUGAGCUGGAGGGCAUUCGUGCCAACUCACUUCCCGCCACCGGUAUGAAGCGCCGAUUCGACUCUCCCAAUGAAGAGCAACAGCUGCCUGAAGAGGAGACCGGAGACCUGCAUAACGAGGUGAAGCGACUGCGCCGCGAAGUACAGGAGAAGGAUCGCCGCCUCGAAGAGCUGGAGCGCAUUGUGGCGGGAAUUCAACAAUCCAUCCCCCAAGCCGUCCAGUCCGAGCCUGAUACCGUAUCCGUUUCGCAGUCUCUUCCUCCGGUCCCGCAGAUUGCUGCGCCUCAAGUUUAA